AUGAUUAAUAAGGAUAAACUUCCAAAAGUAGCUAAUGUUGAUCGUGAAACAGAAUAUGGUUAUGUCUUUGGUGUUUCAGGUCCAGUUGUUAUUGCUAAUUGUAUGUCUGGUUCAGCAAUUAAUGAAUUAGUUCGAGUCGGUCAUGAAGAAUUAGUUGGAGAAAUUAUUCGUUUAGAAAAUGAUUUAGCAACUAUUCAAGUUUAUGAAGAAACAUCUGGUGUUAGUGUUGGUGAUCCAGUUUUACGAACAGGUAAACCAUUAUCUGUUGAACUUGGCCCGGGAAUUAUGUCAAGUAUAUUCGAUGGUAUUCAACGACCACUUCAAGUCAUUUAUGAUCGUACUAAGAGUAUUUAUAUUCCGCGUGGCAUCAAUGUACCUGCAUUGAAUCGUUCAAUAUCAUGGAAUUUUACUCCAGAGAAACGUCUUCGAGUUGGUAGUCAUAUAACAGGUGGUGAUAUAUUUGGUGUUGUACCAGAGAAUCAAAUGAUUAAGCAUCAUAUAAUGCUUCAUCCAAAAGCAAAAGGUACAAUAACAUACAUAGCACCCGAAGGAAAUUAUACACUCGAUGAUGUUAUCCUCGAAACAGAAUUUUGUGGAGAAAAAACAAAACAUACAAUGUUACAAGUAUGGCCUGUACGAAUAAUGCGUCCAGUAGCUGAAACACUUGCUCCUAAUUAUCCAUUAUUGACUGGUCAACGUAUAUUAGAUUCGUUAUUUCCAUGUGUACAAGGUGGUACAACAGCUGUACCAGGUGGAUUUGGUUGUGGCAAAACUGUUAUUUCUCAAGCACUUUCGAAAUUUUCUAAUAGUGAUGCUAUUGUUUACGUUGGUUGUGGUGAACGUGGAAAUGAAAUGGCUGAAGUAUUACGUGAUUUUCCUAAAUUGAAAAUGGAAGUUGAUGGUAAAGAAGUAUCAAUUAUGGAACGAACAACAUUAGUUGCGAACACAUCCAAUAUGCCUGUUGCCGCUCGUGAAGCUUCCAUUUAUACAGGUAUUACUUUAUCCGAAUAUUUCCGUGAUAUGGGAUAUAAUGUUGCGAUGAUGGCUGAUUCAACAUCACGUUGGGCUGAAGCUUUACGUGAAAUAUCUGGUCGUUUAGCUGAAAUGCCUGCUGACUCAGGUUAUCCAGCUUAUCUAAGUUCUCGUCUAGCUUCAUUUUAUGAACGUGCUGGUCGUGUUCGAUGUUUGGGUAAUCCAGAACGUGAAGGUUCUAUAAGCAUUGUUGGAGCUGUUUCUCCACCAGGCGGUGAUUUUACUGAUCCAGUUACAUCAGCAACAGUAAAUAUUGUUCAAGUCUUUUGGGGUUUAGAUAAAAAAUUAGCACAACGUAAACAUUUUCCAUCGGUUAAUUGGCUUCUAUCAUAUAGUAGAUAUACAGGCGCACUUGAAGAUUAUUAUGAUAAAAAUUAUCCUGACAUUACACCAUUACGUGCUAAAUGUCGAGAAAUUCUACAAGAAGAAGAAGAUCUUUUCGACAUCGUACAACUUGUUGGUAAAGCUUCAUUGGCUGAAACAGAUAAAAUUAUAUUGGAAAUAGCUCGAAUAAUAAAAGAAGAUUUUCUACAACAAAAUGGUUGUUCAACUUAUGAUCAAUAUUGUCCAUUUUAUAAGUGUGUUGCAAUGCUUCGUAAUAUAAUUACUUUCUAUGAUUUGGCACGACAUGUUGUUGAGAAAACAUCACAAUCAGAAAAGAAAAUAACAUGGAAUGAUAUCCGAACUAAUCUAUCAAACAUUCUAUAUGAAUUAAGUAGUAUGAAAUUUAUGGAUUCAACAAAAGUUAGCGAAGGAACAAUAAAACGUGAUUUAGACGAACUUAAUGAACGUAUACAAGCAGCAUUUCGUGAUAUGAUUGAUGAUUAA